AGACCUCUCUGCUGGCCCAGGGCAGGCUCCGCAGCAUGUGGGAGCUUCGCUCCAUAGCCUUCUCCAGGGCCGUAUUCUCUGAGUUCCUGGCUACGCUCCUCUUCGUCUUCUUUGGCCUGGGCUCAGCCCUCAAAUGGCCAAGCACCUUCCCCAUCCCCACCGUACUGCAGAUCUCCAUGGCUUUUGGCCUGGCUAUUGGCACCCUGGUGCAGACGCUGGGCCACAUCAGCGGGGCUCACAUCAACCCUGCCGUGACUGUGGCCUGCCUGGUGGGCUGCCAUGUCUCCUUUCUCCGAGCCACCUUCUAUGUGGCUGCCCAGCUGCUGGGGGCUGUGGCAGGAGCUGCCCUGCUCCACAAGCUCACGCCAGAAGACAUCCGCGGGGACCUGGCUAUCAAUGCUCUCAACAACAACACAACAGCUGGCCAGGCUGUGACUGUGGAGCUCUUCCUGACCCUGCAGCUGGUGCUCUGCAUCUUCGCCUCUACCGAUGACCGCCGUGGAGACAACCUGGGCACCCCCGCCCUCUCCAUCGGCUUCUCUGUGACCCUGGGCCACCUCCUGGGGAUCCACUACACUGGCUGCUCCAUGAAUCCUGCUCGAUCCCUGGGUCCGGCUGUCAUCGUCGGCAAGUUUGAUGACCACUGGGUCUUCUGGAUCGGACCCCUGGUCGGUGCCAUCUUGGGCUCCCUCAUCUACAACUACGUCCUGUUCCCGCACUCCAAGAGCAUGGCGGAGCGCCUGGCGGUGCUCAAAGGGCUGGAGCCAGACACCGACUGGGAGGAGCGCGAGGUGCGGCGGCGGCAGUCGGUGGAGCUGCACUCACCGCAGAGCCUGCCGCGCGGCAGCAAGGCCUGAG